AUGUCCUGCUACGACCUGUGUCCUGCAGCCCCAGCCAUGUCCUGCUACGAGCGCUGUGCCCCCACCCCGCUGGCCAACAGCUGCAGCGAGCCCUGCGUGCGGCAGUGCCAGGACUCCACCGUGCUCAUCCAGCCCUCGCCCGUGGUGGUGACCCUGCCCGGGCCCAUCCUCAGCUCCUUCCCCCAGAGCACCACCGUGGGCUCCUCGGCCUCGGCCGCCGUGGGCAGCGCCCUGAGCGCCGGGGGGGUUCCCAUCAGCUCCGGGGGCUCCCUGGCACUGGGGGGCUUUGGCUACCCCGGGCUGGGCGGGGGCUACAACCGGCCCUCCCGGCGCUCCAGCACCUUCCGCGGGGGCUUCUAUGGGCCCUGUUAG